AUGCUGGCCGAUGCGUCCAUCGUGCCGGCCUUCAUUCGCCUCUGUGGAGCCACUUUCGGCCACGGUUGUGCCAUGGGCCUCCAGGUCACGCUCCCGGAGACCCUGGUGGUCGGCAAAGGUUGCUUCUUUGCCACCGGCAACAUCUUGACCAGCGUCGACGUGGACCGCGGAGAGUUCAAGGUGCCCUGUGUCACUCGCAUGAGUGAUCACACUUUCCUCGGCAACCACAACCACCUGCCCCAAGGCCUUCCAGAAGGCAGCUUCUGCGGCGUGGGCACCUGGCUGCCUGAAAGACCCACCGAGCCGCACUACAGCUACUUCGGGAAUCCGGCGAUGAAGUUCAAGCGCCUGAGCAGCCAAGCUGCGGGCAAGACAAACCAAGGCCCAGAACCAGCCAGUUGCCUGGCACGCUUCUGGCAUCACUUCAGCACCAGCGUGCUGGACGUCUUCCUUUACCGAGGGGUUCAAGGAAUGGUGACCGGCGCUGCCUUCGUGGUGAGCCGGACCAGCGUGCCUGACAUCACCUCCGUUUGGCAGGUCUUCGAGGUCCUGGCUAUCUACUUGGUCUUCUCGCUGGGCUCCUGGUUCAUCUUCUCCGUCUUGCUGGGCAACAUGCUCUUCAACGGCAAGGCACCGCGCAGCAACGCGUACUACUCGACCACUGUGACGCGAUGGUUUACUGCCCUCACGGCCCAGCAGCGAGUCUUCAAGCUUCCCUUUCAGACGGCUGGCAGCUGUUGGCAAGCCCCGAUCCUGCGGCUGCUGGGUGCAAAGAUUGGUCGGCGUUUCUUUUGCAUGAACGAGCUCGUCCUGGUUGAUGCACCCUUCACAGACAUCGGGGACGAUGUGACGGUGGACUAUGAUGGACAGGUGAGGUGUCAUUCAUUCGAGGACUUCCGCCUGAAGUUCACUCACUACAAGAUUGGGAAUGGGGCGACCAUCAUGACCGGAGCCAGUGUUGCGAUGUGCGAUGCCGGAGACGGCUCGACGCUGCGACCCGGAAGCCUGACCUGGAAAGGAAGCAACCUGGUGCCCGGCGGGACCUACGAAGGUGCUCCUGCAGCGGCGGUGGGCGACGUUGAGCACGGAAAUCAGUGUUCUCAGUUACUGUAUCAGCUUUAG